UGCUUCCUUCUAACGACGUUUUAAAACCACGUGACCUGUGUUUACAUCCUCUUCUCAGCUGUUUCUUUAUUUUUCCAUUUCGACACAACUGCUCGCUGUCGCUGCUUUACCCCUCUGACUAACUAGCUGGUUAGUUCACGCAGUAAACUAGUACUUCACUACUUGAAGAAGCUGCUGGCGUGUGAAAGUAGUGGUAACUGACCAUCGUACUGAACGCCGCUUUACGAGGAAUGAGUAAAUGCGACACGACAUUGUCACUUGCUGCCCGGACAUGAACUUUGUCUGAACUGACACUCGAGGAGCCACAGCGGCAGCCGGCCGUUCAUCUCCAUGCAACUCUGAGGACGAAACACUCAUCCUGAAUACGAGUUCGCCCCCUUAGGGUUUCUCUUCUCUUUUUUUUUUGCCAUGGGGGGAGCUGUGAGCGCCGGAGAGGACAACGAUGACCUCAUUGAUAAUCUUAAGGAGGCUCAGUAUAUCCGCACAGAAAAAGUCGAACAGGCUUUUCGGGCCAUAGACCGCGGUGACUACUAUCUGGACGGUUAUCGGGACAAUGCCUACAAAGAUUUGGCCUGGAAGCACGGUAACAUACACCUCUCCGCUCCGUGUAUAUACUCUGAGGUAAUGGAGGCACUGAAACUGCAGCCAGGACUUUCUUUCCUCAAUCUGGGCAGUGGAACCGGCUACCUGAGCACAAUGGUUGGCCUCAUCAUAGGGCCAUUUGGAGUGAACCAUGGAGUUGAGCUCCACAAAGAUGUCGUUGAAUAUGCCAGAGAGAAACUGGAUGAUUUCAUAAAGAAUAGCGACAGCUUUGAUAAGUUUGAGUUCUGUGAGCCUGUCUUUGUGGUGGGGAAUUGCCUUGAAAUCUCCACAGACAGCCACCAGUACGAUCGCAUUUAUUGUGGCGCUGGAGUGCAAAAGGACCAUGAAAAUUACAUGAAAGUACUGCUCAAAAUUGGAGGCAUUCUGGUGAUGCCUAUAGAGGAUCAGCUGACCCAGAUAACCAGGACUGGCCAGAGCACAUGGGAAAGCAAAAACAUCUUGGCGGUGUCCUUUGCCCCCUUGGUCCAGCAGAGCAGAGCUGAUGGAGAGAAGCCUGACACCGUCCAUCUGCCCCCAGUGACUGUCCGCAGCCUUCAGGAUCUGUCUCGGAUCUACAUACGCCGCACUCUCAGAAACCUGGCCAACGAGGACAGUCAGGGGAAGGGGACGACGCAGAGGGUCCCCCAGAAGCGCAAACGCAGGCGCUGUCGGCGGCGACGCAUCAACACUUAUGUUUUUGUAGGCAACCAGCUGAUCCCGCGAAUGGUGGAGAGUGAAGAGGAGGAGCACGCCGAGGAAGAACACAAAGAAGUGGAGGAGGAGGAGGACAGAGACAUUGGCGACAUUGAAAUCAUCAAGCAAGUGAACAUGUUGAGAGACCAAAUAAUGGCUUUACCGCUGCCGGAGUCACUGAAAGCAUAUUUGCUGUAUUACAGAGAGAAAUGACUGAUUCACUUGAUAUCCAUUCUUAAUGGGUGCAGCGCCUGCUGAAAUGCUUUUCUUCAUCUUUUUUCAGUACAAAUGUAGCAUUAUUUCCACUUAAUCUUGAUGGCAAAACUGUAACGCAAAGAGACGUCACAGAUAAUAUUGGAUAAUAAUGUUAUGAUUGUCAUGGGUGUUAUUGUUGGCAUUUUGUUUUGGUUUAUAUAUCAAAAAAAAAAAAAAAAAAAGUAAAUGAAAAUGGUUUGAAAAACCAGGUUUGAGAUUCAGAUUUUAUCACAGUGUCAGAAUUUCUGCAGAAACGUGCAGAUUAAACGUUGUGUUUAAAAGAAAAACAAACAAGAACAAACUGUUCUUACUAUAUUUGUUAAAAUAUGAUGAUGCUAAAAUGAAGACUUUUAUUGUACCUUUUUUAGAAGCUUUAACUUACUUUCAGUGUCUGGUGAAUUAAUGUACCGCUGAAAGGAGACACUGAAAGGCAAAUAAGGCCACUUUCUCCCAUUUUUUUUGAGUUAAAGAAUAAGAUGUUCUCGCAUUAUCCUGAAUGGGGCACGUACGUCAUUACUCUGCAUUUCAUUUUAGGGUAAUGUGUUUUAUAACUUCCUAUUACAAGAGAUCACCAGACUGGUUCAUAAUUUUUCUACAGGGCACCUUUUAAUGAAACUUUUUCUACAGGGUGCUUACAUUCUUGUUUCCUCACUUACUACCUGAUCUGAUGAGGUGUUGUGGGCCUUCUUCUCUCCAUGUUUUUUGCUCUGUUGUGGAUACAUAUAAUAUAAUGGUGUAUGUCUUAGUAUUUUAAUUAACUACAUCAGAUGUUUAAAAUAAGGGUGACAUGGAAAUGAGGGUGGAUUCAAUAUUCACCUAAUUUAGAGGGGAACUGGUGACGGCAAACUAAUGAAUACAUGCAUGAAUAUAUUGUAUAUGGGUGUUCCUGACUUUGCUUCUUGUGAUUGGUCACUGGAGGUGAUGUCCCAAGUGAUCAAGCUUUGAAAUGUUUCUUUAAAAAAAACAAAAAGGUUUCAAGAUGGUGAAUCAGUUUAGAUGGCCUUGAGACAAAUCUUGGAAUUCUGUAUAGUAAUUUUUUUUAAACAAAAUGAACAACAAUGCAAAAUUUGACGCCUUUUGUACCAUGGACAACAAAGCACCUUAAUCUGCAGUCCUCAAGUGAGAGAAAAAAGGAAAAUGGUGACAUUUUUUUGGCUUCAUUUGUAUUGUGGACUGGACUUCUUGUAAUGUAAAUCCUCUUUAAGUACAAUUUGCUUGCAGAACCUCCCUGAUAGUGAUGGCUUUUAAGUGCCAACAUCCCCUGCCCCAUCACAUUAGGAUUUCUGUGAGUUUUCCAGCACAGUAAAUUUACCCAAUGAAGGAUGGUAUAUUUCUACAAAAACAUUCCACGGUGGGAAAAAAAAAAAAAAAAUCAAAAAACAUGAACAAAAAACCAGCACAUCACUGAUCCGACAGGUCACCGUUCUUCUUCACUCUUUACCAUCACAGCGUUUAGAAAGUUCCUUCAUCUUUGAAUGCAUAAUUUUAGUAUUCCAAAAGCUGAGUUGAAUGUUGUUGAUAUUAAUUAUAUUCAAUAUUAAAGUGAUAUAUAUAUAUAUAUAUAUUAUAUGUAUUGUUAUCAUAUGAUUCUGCAUACAGUUUAAUUAAGUUGCAAUUGAUUUGUUGUAGCGCCCUCUUGCUGUACUGUAUCUUGACACUGGGAACUCUGUAGAUCAAAACUCCACUGCUGUCUGUUAAAUAGAUAAGAUAUAUUAGUGCUAUAGGUCUUCAUUUUGUUCUGGUGCAAUGACAAAUAUUUUGUUUGAAAAUGGGGCUGAUUAUUCUGUUUAAUAGUUUUUGUGUGUGAAGAGGUAGCAUUUAUUUUCUGUAAGGCUUUUUUUUUUUUUAAAAAAACAUUCAUUGGAGAGCUUUGCAAGUAAGCAAUAAUGGAAUAAUUUCUCAGCUUAUAAUUACCAAUAACAACAUAGUCCCAUUUUAUUUGCCUGGUAUCCAUUAAAAUUCACAUGACCAAUUACAGCCAUGCAACAGUUUAUAUACCAUUAUCUAAAAUGUAAUUGCUAAUUAGAGAGCACAUUAAGUAUUGAAAGCAGGGGACCUACAACCUUGACUCUCAGGUUGCGCCUUGCACCAAAGUUAAUGGGACUGCUGUGAUUACAUUUAAUGUGGUUGAGAUUCGACUACAAAAAUGGCACCCGGAAAAUACCAAGUCAUAACCAAUUAUGUGCUCUUAUAUUAAGAUAAUUUGUUAAGAGCCAAAAGAGUUCGGUUCCAGUUUUUCAGGCCUAGGUUGAUUACUCAUAGUGUGUGCAGUUCAUUUUGCAAAUGUGGUGUUUCUCCAUAAAUGUUUGGCACAAAAAUAAAGGUCACGAUCACAUUA